AAUCUGUGAUGGCUAGUUUGCGUUUAGUGACCCUGCACCACGCUUGAAUUAAUGGAAUGCGGCUAAUUCUAAUAUGGAGAGGACUAGUUACAAAAUAUAUUUCAGACAAAUACGUAAAUAUAAUUUAAUUUUUACCGCGUGACAUUCCACAUUCCGUACAAAACAUUGAAAAGUGUAUAAACGUAGCAAUUGCCGAACGUGAUUGGCUUAACUUUGAAAUUAGCUUUGAGAAACUAUCGUCAGAGGGACUCGAAACAUGCCCAUCACGGAAAGUACGUCAAGCAAAGUUCCUUUUUGUUAGUGUUGACAAUGAAGUCUUGUUUUAGAAGACUGUGAAUUAUGAACUUACGUCCGUAAAUUGUUAAUUCGUGUGACGGUAUGACGAAAUUACGAUGUGCAUAAGUGGUAUUACUUACGAAGAACAUUUAAAUACGUGUGACGGCCGAUUCAACGGCUCAGGUGUUUGUAAGGUGUUUGUGCUGCUUCUGCUGCGCGAUGCCUCGACUGUGUGAAAAGUGGUGUGAGCUGCUGCUAGGCUCCUGUGAGGGCAGGGCAGGAUGAGCUCAGUGGAUCGGCCUGACUACCAUGUGGGAGGUGACCACAGCUUCAGCCACAACUCUCCACGACCACCUGUUCCUGGCGGGGAGACGGAGGAGGUGGAAGGCUUGCAGUCGCCCACCCCAGGACCAGGAUACUCAUCAUGGAGUGCCUCUCGAUACAGCAAGGGGGGCAGCUCACCUGUGUUUACACCCCGCCGAUCCAGUCUUGCCUGCAACACUACUACUGGUGGCAAUAUAGCAGGAGAUGGCAGUGCUCCCCUUGGAUUCGAACCCGAAGGCAGUUGCCAAGGAGGUGGCACUUUUGUCGAGGGUUCAUCACCUCCAUCGUAUCUGCGUUGGGCCAGCAAUCUCCAUAGCUUGCUUGAUGACCCUGAUGGUGUUGAACUUUUCCGUCGAUACUUGGAGCAGGAAGGUGAAUCACAUGUGGACACACUCACAUUUUGGUUUGCAUGUGAAGGUCUCAAAAAGCAACAAGACCCAGAGAGAGUCAAUCAACUCGUCAAAGUUAUUUACAGGCGAUUCUUCCACAAGACUCAGUUGGCUAUACCAGAUGAACUUCGUAAAGAAGUCAAUCGUCGCAUCAAAGAAGGGAAGGAACUUCUGGAAGGAGAUAUUUAUGAUGAUGUGCAACAGGAAGUAGAGAGACUUAUUAAUGAAACUACAUACCCUAACUUCCUGAGAUCAGACAUUUAUUUACAGCAUGUGCGUGGCAUGCAGAAUGGAGGUGAGCUUUCGUCCUCAUCAGGUUCAGGUUCCUCCAGUGGUAGUGGUGGGUGCUCAAGUGGUGGAAGUUCUGGUGGGGGUGGGGCGUGUAGAGCGGAGGCUACAGCAGGUGGUCCCCUGCCAACACUUCACGAAGACUCUGAACUGGUUGUACCUGGUGGGGAGGCUGCACUGCCUCUUACCAAGGACAUGCUUAUUGCCACACAAAAACGACGGGCUUUGGAGUUGCGGCCCAAACCUGAAGCAUAUGCUGGGCUGUACCUGCAGCAGCAUGCUCACCAUCACCCUCCUCAUCAUAUCCCACCUCACCUUGCAUAUUCAUCCUACAAUCCUGUAUCUCGGCAAGAUAGUGAGUUGCAGUCUCUGAGUUCGGAUGCUCGCACAGAAAGUGACAACAUGUCUCUCACGGACAGUUCUGUUGAUGGAAUGUCAGUUGGUCGUGCUCGUUCAUCCAAGAAGCAAUAUAUUCGCCACUGCAAGCAGAUCAAGGAGAGUGCUAGCAUUAAUCGGGACCCUUACAUGCAUUACACAGUUAUACCUCGAACACAGCGAAUCUUGAAGGAGCAGGUUUAUCCAAUGAAUCCAGAUGAUUUCGCUGCCAUAUUGAUUGAGAAACUCGAGGCUGUGAAGCGGGAACAGGAUGCCCAAGAAAAACUUGACAGAAAACUACAAGAAGGUGAUUUUGCUGUCAGAUGUGAUGACAUGUUCACUGGGGAUGUUCCAUUAGCAAGAGCAAGUGGUGAACCUUUAAGAGAGAAGUUACCCUCAUUUGCAACCUCUAGGGCAAUAGCUGACACCUUACAAGAUAAACUUCAGCUUGAUGACGAUAGUGAUCAGGCAAUUCUUGAUCAGCAUGUGUUAAGAGUAUGGUCUGAUUCAACACCAUCACGGACUCCUGGCCUGGUGUCACCGCGUCCUCAUUCUCCUGAAGGGAGAAGACGUGCACCUACUGCAGGACAACUUGCACCUGUAAAAGGUGCACUUGGAGCAUCUGUUCCUGGGUAUGUUCAUGGAAUACCCCACCCUUACCAGAGUCAUACACGGGCUUCAUAUAGUCAGCGGCACCCACGCAAAGAGAAGGAUGUGUUUUCCACAUUUUCAUCUGACUCUGGCAACGUUCAUGACUUCCAGGAAGGUUCAGAGUACAAACAUCAUAUGCCUAAGAGCAAAUCAAUGCCGGAUUACCAGGAAGCACAAAAGCAGGAGGUUUUCACUGUUAGUGGACACGAUGCCAGGUUCCGUCAGAGUAGAGAUCCCUGUCGCAGGUCUAGUAGUAAGAAGACCCUUACAGAUCUGACAGAUAGUGGAGUAAGCGUUGUGUCAGAUACAAUACCAAUUGCUGUUCCUAGUACUCAGUGCAAAGACAGCAGGGUGCUGUCAUGGUUGAUGGAGAGUGAAAAGCAAGUAUCCAGCGUGUCACAUACGCAUAGUGAACGUGAGGCUCUUUCUUCAAAACAUCGUUUAAGAACAAGUGCAACAAGUGCCACAUCACCAAUCGCCAGUCGGCAUAGUCGUAAGCCAGUUCAGAUGGUGUUCAGUGAAUCGAGAUCUGGGUCACUGGAACGAACGGGUCCUGCACAGCCAUUUGUUGCUGAUCCAUGUAUGCCGCCCCUCUCGCUACCUCACACUGCAACUCAGUUGGAAGAGGCACGUCGUCGCUUAGAAGAAGAAGCACGUGCAAAGGCCGGCCGCCAAAGGUUUUCACAAUCCUCAAAAACACAUGGUCCUCAGGAUGCUUAUUCCCUCUCAGCUCAGUCAACACUACGUAAGAGUGGUCGUGGGCAACGUUCCAGUGGUCCAACGACAGGUGCAGAAGCAGAAUAUACAACUGUGGUAUUCUCCUUCUGUGAAGAGCAGUUUCCUUACAGGACCAAGAUCCCUGGACGGCAGAUAACACUCCGUCAGUUUAAAGAGUACCUUCCAAAAAAAGGCAGCUACAGGUAUUUCUUUAAGACGGAGUGUGAAGAUCUGGACAUGAAAGUCAUUCAGGAGGAAAUCAUGGAUGAUAAUGACAUCCUUCCAUUGUGGGAAGGGAAAGUGAUGGCUCAGGUGAAGCCAGUAGAGUGAGCCAUGUGACAAAUUAAGGCAUGGAAGGCUGUUUUUCUCUGUGUUUUGGGGAUUUUUAUCAUCAUCACAUGUAUACAUUGCUGUCAUUCAUUUGACUUGCAGCCAACAGGUUACUGACUUAUACAUAUUAUGUGAUCUCAUCUUCCUUUGUUUUAACAAUAUGUUGCAGUGUGUAUCAUUUGUACCAUAAGUGAAAUACCAAAUAGUACAAUAUUACUUUUGAUUCAGACAUGAGCCUUCAUUGCCUUAAUAUUGGCCCAUUGUCCUUUGUGUUCCAUGUGGACUUAUCGUGUGAAGCUUGUGCCUUGUCAUUAAGUACUUUAUGUAUAAAAAAGAAGUUAGUGUUCCUGUAAUAAUAUGAGCUAAAAAAUAAUUUUUGAAAAUUAUGGAUUGCAAAGAGACAGUUGUGAUGUGUAGUGUUUUGUUGAUGCUUUGAAUGUGUGCUUAUUUUAUGGUGUACCAGAUGGAAAGGCCAUUGUGUCCCAAGAACAUUUUAUGAAUGGGCCAUAUUGAAGAGUGUGUAAACAUGUACUGGGACAUUAGUCUCUCUUAACUUCGUUUUGGCUGACUGGCAGCUUCUGUUUGAAGAAAAGCACACAAAUUAAGAAUGUUGUGUGAAACGUUGUAAUUAUUUCUAUAUCAUAUAGGUAUAAGAAUUUAAAAUACCUCAUACUGUUUGCACGUUGAAGUAUUUGUGCAACUGUUUUUUUUUUUUUUUUUUUAAUUAUUGUUACAUUACUGUACCCUUCCUUCAAACCUGAACAUUCUUGUACUACUUCAGUUACAGUUUGGAUGCUGAUUUUAACACUUGUUUUCCAGGCCUACACUUCAUUUAUUCGUUUUGAUUUGGAGAAUUUAUUAGAAAAUAUUCAGUUGAUUUCAAUACCUUCUGUUGGUAAAUCUGUGGCACAGUGUAUAUUCCUAAGCCUGAUCCAUUUAUUAAGGUCUCUUGACAAAAAAGUGCGGCACUAACAUUUGUCUAAAGUUGAAAUUAAGAAAAUUAUAGUAAACAGGCUAUCAAAAGGCGUCACUGACUCUAUUUUUAUGCCACACGUCAUUACUACCGUUAAGUUUUGAAGCAGUGCACCUUUGAGAAUUAUAUUAAUGAAUAUAACAGGACAUUUGAGAUAGUUGUAGACAGCUAUUUUUUUAAAUGAAAUAAAUUUUAUACUUUGAUACAUUUGUUGAGUGUGGUAGGUGGUCAAGAGAUCAGCAGAUGCAGUUCAUUUCAUUGUAUAUUCAUCAAGACAUAGUAAAUAUUGCAGUUUGCUCUUAUGAUGUUUCUCAGACUUCGAGAACAAAUGUUAGUGCAUUGAGAUGUACAUUCUGGUGUUAAUAACUGUCAGAAAUUUGCUCACUGUUGUACUUAAGUAUGUACUGUCUGUCUGAAUGAGCUGGUCUGCGAAACAUAUGAAAUUACUAUUCCAUGACACUGAAUUUUUUUAAUGUGUUUUUAAAAAAAUGCUAUAUUUAACAGAAAUUUUGAUUAAAGCAUUUAAAUGUGAAUGGAGUGCAUUCCAUGCACGAAGCAAAGUGUAUUGCAUAUUGCAAUAAGUAAGAGCUGAUGUGUACAUUUAAUAGAAUAUCUGUUCAUGAAGUUCUCAGUAAUUUAUUCAUGGUGCAAAAGUUAAUACUGUCUAAAAGCUUAAUACAUGAGUUUCGUAUACUGCUGGAAUCCAUCAGAUGUAGUUUGCAGCAGUAAAAGAUGUUUCCAUUAACAUUUUACUACUUCUAAAUAUGUUUCUUUCUGACACAAUAAAGACACCUCCAGGUGAGUCAGUAUAAUGGCAGUAGACAUCAAAAGAAAAAAAAAUUCACUAAUAUUUCAAGACUGGAACUGCACUGAAGUAGAAUUGAUGAAAUACAAAUUUGUGUACAAAUAAAGACACUCCCUCCAUGGUAA